CGGGAUUCCUGAGGAUUACCCGUCAUGCCCCGCGGGUAAUGAUGGCGACAGCUGAGCGGAGCAGCAGAUCAACUUUAUCCUCCCGGCUCUGACUGGAUCCUCCUCGCGGACUCCGCAGCGUCUCCGCCGGACGCGUCUCCUCCUGCCGUCCGCUGCCGCCUCCCGCUCGGACGGAUCCGCUCCGGACCCGGAACUCAGCUCCUCCCCGGCCUCGGAUCGGUUCGGAGCCCUCCCUCCUCCUCCUCCCUGCUCCCUCCCUCCCUCCCUCCUCCUCGCCCCGCCGGAGGAGCAGACCGGAGCUAAAGUUUCCUCUCGUCUCUCCGGGAUCUGUUGGCGGAGAAAAUCCGGGCCGAGCCGCGACACACGGCCUCACAGUUAUCUGAGGCCUGAGGCUCAGAUGCUCAGACGAGGAAGACGAGAGAAACUGGACUGAAUGUGAGAGAACAAACAGAGCAGAGAGCAUGAGUUUUCUGUGCUGACGUACAAGGGUCUCCAGUAGACAGAAGUUCCUUGUUCAGUGACGUACCUGCAGCUUCAGGUGUCUGUGGAUCUGAAAAGUUUGUCGUGUUGUGGUUUGUUGAGAGUUUAGACGCCUGAAGAAACCGGAGCAAUCGCAGCAGGUGUUUCUGUGGAUGAAGUCAGGUCUGCAGCAGCUCACAGUUCAGGUGAGAAUUCCAGGUGAACUUCCUGUUUCCUGUCAUACUGAUUCAGGUCCAGAUCCACUGAUGUUAGUUUAACAGAUCCAUCAGAGAGACGCUCCCUUUAAAACCAGGACUGACAGAGACAGGAAGGAAAGAAGGAAGGAAGGAAGCAAGCAAGCAAGCAAGCAAGCAGGGCCCAGGAUGACCAGCGCGGCCCCAGCGAGGAAGCCGUACCGUAAGGCUCCACCACAGCACCGCGAGACCCGCCAUGCCCUGCCCGGUGCACCACCACCACCUGCGCUGCAGCCCGACAUCAAUCAGGAGGCGUUAUCAGACUCUGACAGGAUCAGAAUCCUCCAGCAGCAGAAUGAGGACCUGCGGCGCCGUCUCUCUCUCUCCUCCCACAAGAUGGAGGCCAUGGAGGCGGAGUUUGACGGCAGCCGUCACUACAUGGAGGCGGAGCUCAGCCGGACCAGAGACGACCUGGACAAGAUGAGGGACAAGUUCCGCAGACUUCAGAACAGCUACACAGCGUCUCAGAGAGCCAAUCAGGAUCUGGAGGAGAAGCUUCACGCUCUGCUACGGAAGGUCGAGAGGGACAAAAAGACGAUGGACCAGGAGAUCGUGGAGCUGACCAACAAACUGCUGGACGCCAAGAACACGAUCGACCGACUGGAGGAGCUGAACGAGCGGUACAGACAGGACUGUAAUUUGGCCGUUCAGCUGCUCAAAUGCAACAAGUCACAUUUCAGGAACCACAAGUUUGCUGAUCUGCCCUACGAGCUGCAGGAGAUGCUGAAUAAACACAUGAAGAGCAGUCUGCCAGAGGCCGGUCCUGGUCCUGGUCCUGGUCCUCAGGACCCGGAUACGCUCAGCCUGACUCCUGCCGAUGUUGUGCCGACCUCUGUCAUCGCCCGGGUCCUGGAGAAACCGGAGCCUCUGGUCCUGAACUCGGCCCAGUCCAGCAGCUGCGGCCGGCCCGUCGCCGAGGAUGUGUUCGUGCAUGUGGACAUGACGGGCCCUGCGGCAGUGUCUGAGGGGCGGGGCCGGGAGAAUGGCGGCGGUCAGGAAGCGUCGCAGCAGAACGGGUCCUGCCGCAGUCAGAGCAGCCUGGACGGGCAAUCAGGGGGUGAGGAGGCAGGCGGGGCGCCGUCCUUCGAGAAGCUGAACCCGUACCCGGCGCCGCCACCCCCCCACCCCCUAUACCCCGGCCGCAAGGUCAUUGAGUUCUCGUCGGACGACAAAGUGAAGAUUCCCAAAAACUCGCCAUUGCCCAACUGCACCUACGCCACGAGGCAGGCCAUCUCCCUGAGCUUGGUGCAGAACGAUGACGAGCGGCUCGCCCCCGGGAGCCCCGCCCCCUCCUCCUCCUCCGGCGGAGGGGGCGGAGCCAACCAGCGCACGCCACCGUCACAGCGGGACAACACCAGCGAGCCGCUAUCCAGCCAGUCCAGCCCCUUCAGCAGCCCACCACAGGCGCCCAGCGUCCUGCCGAGCUCCGGCAGCUCGGAGGAGGACCUCCUGGCGAACUGGCAGCGGAUGUUUGUGGAGAAAAUGGCGCCGUCCUGUGACGGCUCUCUGGUCCACCGCACGUCGUUCAGCAGUCAGACGGCGCAGGAGCUGCAGAGGAGGAGGGGGGCGGGGGGGUCGUCCGCCACCUCCUCUGACCGCCACAGGGCGGCAUACUCGGACGGCGAGGAGGGCUCGUCGGCGAGGAGCUGGACGCCGAGCCGCGGCUCCAGCCUCGACACUGACACCGACACUGAGCCGCGGCCCGGCAGGAGGGGGGGACGCAGUGGGGGCGAUGCCUCAGCGGAGGAGGGGGAGCGGCUGCUGAUGAGCCUGGAGGACGACGGCGGCAGCGGGGACACGGCGGUCACCAUGGCGACCAGCCCCGCCGACGCCCACAGGAAGGAGUUCCAGGAGGAGGAAGAAGAGGAGGAGGAGGAGGGGGAGAGCUCGGCCGAGGAGAGAGACGUCCUCCCCUGCGACUUGCCCGUCAUCUCGCCCCGCCUCCUCGACUUCGACCCCGCCCUCGCCGCCGCCGCCGCCCCCUCCCACCGGCCCCAGAAGAGUCCGAAGCGGAUGGGCGUCCACCACCUGCACCGCAAAGACAGCCUGACCCGAGCCCAGGAGCAAGGCACACUGCUGGACUGAUGCUUGCUCUCCGCUGUCUGAGCGCGCCUCACUCGCCCCACACUGUGCUCCCCCAGCUGCUGUCUGUCUCCACGGCAACCGCCCCCGUCCGCCAUAGGGGUCAGAGGUCACGCCCAUCCAGGAUAUAGCCAUACUCUACCGUAUGCUGCCGCCUGACGGUGUGUGUGUGUGUGUGUGUGUGUGUGUGUCUGUCUGUCUGUCUGUCUGAUCAAUGAAGUUAUUGAUCACCUGCCCUCAUACUUUGGUCCACACAGCUGAGAUGUUCACUUACCUCAUAACUAACAACACACUGAACGGACAGAAGUAUGAGGACGAUCAUCAAAAUAAAUUGGAUCAGUAUUAAUAUUAGAAACCCCAGAUCAGACUGAUCAGACUGUGAUAUUGAUCAGCUGAUAAUCAGUAUCAGAGAUUAAACCCAGUAAAUCAGCUGAUUCUUCAUGUUUGUGUGGAUUAAAUAGAAACAUGAUUUAAAUCCAAACAGUAUUUUUAAAGAAUCUAGAAAAAAAUUUACUUCCUUGUUUUUUUUUUUUCUUUUUAAUCAAAUUCAGGUUGAAAUCAAACAUUUUCAUUAGAAUUCAAAAAAAGAGUUAAUGAAUCAAAUCUUUUGGUGUUGACAUAAACUACAGGGUCAAAGGUUUAUUGAUAAUCAGUAUUAGAAUCAAUAGUAAAAUAUUAAAAGCCCCAUAUCUGUGUGUGUGUGUGUGUGUGUGUGUGUGUGUUGUUGGUUGUCAGAGUAGAAGAAAGAAACUUUAAAAACAAACUAAAAACUUUUCAGACUUCUUUGCCUUGUUUCCUGACCAGAGGCUUUUAUUUUGAAGAGAACAGACACACCUUUAUGAACACACACACACACACACACACACACACACACACACACACACACACUCGCACACACUCGCUCACUCUCAGACUCUCAGUGCCUAUCGCUCUCUCUGGGGAAGGUUGUGAGUUCGACGGUAAGCCUCCUGAAGGUCAGACUUUAAUUUUUUUGUCUCUUCACUAAUCGUUGAUUUCCUGUCACGCCGUGUUAUUCAGUCGCCUGAUUGGUUCGUCAGGGAGUUACAGACAUUUAACCUUUGACCCUGCCCCCCCCCCUCCCCGCCUCUAUUC